CUGGCUGCACUCUGCUUGCUGGUCUCGUUGAUGACAGUCGGGCUGUGGAGUUGUGUGCUCCAGUUUAUACCGACCAUAAAAGUAUCAGCACAUCGAAAUACAGCACUUACUGCAGAAUAUGGCACUGAAACAGAUUUCCAGCAAUAAAUGCUUUGAGGGUUACCAGAAAGUCUUUGAACAUGACAGCACGGAACUCAAGUGUAAAAUGAGAUUUGCCAUCUAUUUACCCCCUAAAGCUGAAACUUCCAAAUGUCCAGUUGUAUACUGGCUUUCAGGGCUAACGUGUACUGAACAAAACUUUAUCACAAAGACUGCCUUCCAUCAAGCUGCUUCAGAAAAUGGCCUGAUCUUGGUGGCACCUGACACCAGUCCACGUGGCUGCAAUAUUGAUGGAGAAGAGGAAAGUUGGGAUUUUGGUACCGGUGCUGGCUUCUAUGUUAAUGCCACCGAGGAGCCAUGGAAAACUAACUAUAGAAUGUAUUCUUACGUAGUGGAAGAGCUUCCGCAGCUCAUAAAUGGAAAUUUCCCAACAAACCCAGACAGAAUUUCUAUUUUUGGACAUUCCAUGGGGGGCCACGGUGCUUUAAUCUGUGCUCUGAAGAACCCUGGGAAAUACAAGACUGUCUCAGCCUUUGCACCAAUUUGUAAUCCCGUCCAAUGCCCAUGGGGGCAGAAAGCUUUCGGUGGAUAUUUGGGUUCUGACUCUAGUAAAUGGGAGGCAUACGAUGCAACACAUCUGGUGAAGACUUACUCAGGAUCACAGCUAGACAUAUUAAUUGACCAAGGGAAGGAUGACCAGUUCCUCUCCGCAGGACAGCUUUUGCCUGACAACUUUAUUGCAGCUUGCACUGAAAGAAGAAUCCCCGUGGUCUUCAGACUGCAGGAGGGCUAUGAUCACAGCUACUUCUUUAUCACUACGUUUAUAAAUGAUCACAUCAAACACCAUGCAAAAUAUCUGAAUGCGUAAGAUUACAGAAGAUUGUCAUUGAUCCACAAUGAGGAAAAGAGAAAGAUAAAAAUCAUUGGCUUCAUUGUAUAGGAAAUUAAGUGGAAUGUCCUCCGAUGU